AUGUCUGGAAAGCUUGACCAGUCUCUCGACGAGAUUCUCUCGACCCAACGUCGCUCUGCCGGCGGACCCGGCCGUCGCUCUCAGCGUCGAUCCAUCGGUGGUCGCCCUGCGGCCGCUGCCCCAGUCGGCGGUGUUCAGAAGACAUCGCGACCUGCGCGCGGCGCCGCCGCCAACAAGCCUAACGCCGCCAAGCCCGCGCAAGGCUCUGGUGAUAGCAAGGUCAUCGUGAGCAACCUGCCCAAGGAUGUCAACGAGCAACAGAUCAAGCCGGCGUCGUAG